UGGCAGUGUAGCUUAGCACGUUCACCAGGUAGCAGUAAAGGAAGUCAGUUCAUGCUAACUGGGGGCACAGAAAUAAAUACUCUAAAACACACUUGAACAUUUUCUUCAAUAUGUUUUUGUCGGUAUUUUUGUGGAUACCAUAAAAGGGUAAGUGUUCCUCUCGCUUCAUCACUAUCACGUAGUGGUAAUGAAGUAGAGUAGCGUUGUUAGCAAGCAUGUCUUUAUUUGUGGAUAUUAGAACUGUCAUUAUUUAGCCAUGACAUGCAAACAAACCACCAACUUCUUAUUUAAACACCAAUGAUUUGAUAUGGUUUUGUAACUGAUACUGUUCUGACUCUGUUUUUAGUGAGAGAUGGCAGUGGAACAAUUUGUGUCAAAGACACUCGAGCUCUUACAGGAGGAGAGGGAGGCUGAAAUAGAGGAGACCAGGUAUGCAAAAUAAAAUCAUCCAGUGAGACCUUACCUUACAGAGGUUACCUUAUUUUAUUUUCCAUGUAAUAAAAAGAAAGUAGAAAUGAAUUGGAUUAAAAAAAUACCGUCUGUCUACUGUCCUUGCAAGUAAACUGAUCAGCCAUAACAGAAUGACCACCCAUGCAAUUUCUAAGUACAAUCUAACAACAUCAACAACAGCUCUGCCAUAAUGGUCCUCUUUUAGGAAGCUUCCACAUGUUCAAUUUUUGUUUUCUGCAAAUGAAGAAAAGUAAAACAUGGACAUGAUAUCAGUCACAUUAUUCGACCACCACCACCCACCACUACUUGUCUAUAGACAGACAAUGAAGCAGAACUGUCUUUAAAGAGACCCUGAGCCUGCUGGACUUUGUUUGUAAUUUCAUUGAAUUUCUUAAAAUAAGUCUUUGGCCAAGCCUAUGAAGAUUUCUGCACGUUAUUGUAAAUCAAUCUAAAUAGUGAUUGCUAUCACUGUAGGGUUACAGUGUUUUUUUAUGAUCCUCCAGGAUAUGGCAGGAGAACAUCUCUCUCAAGGAUCUUCAAAAUAAAGGUGUUUGCCUGCUGAAGCUGCAGAUAGGAAGUCAGUCCACUGGCCUCUACGGUCGCACGGUUGUCAUUUUGGAGCCAAGAAAGCAUCUUGGCUUUUCAUCCCUACCAAGCAACAGCUUUGGACCUGGUGAGACAGCAGAGUCAAUAAAGGGUUUAUGAAUGUUUGUACUCUGUGAUUUUGGUGUUCUGUUUUUCUUGAUGUAAGGUUUUCAAUCUUUUCUUACAGGGGACAUAGUUGGUUUGUACGACACUGGCGGAUGCACUGCAGCUUCACAGAUAGGCACAGGAAUAGUGACAAGGGUCAGCCAGACUUCUAUUAGUGUGGCCUUUGAUGAUUCAAAGGAUGGCCUCAGCUUUGACGAUGAUGCUCUUUACAACCUGCUAAAGCUGGCUAAUGAUGUCACAUACAAACGAAUGAAACAGUAAGUUACAUUUGUUAAUUAUUGUAAUGACAGGUGAAGUUUAAGACCCUGAAAAAUCCUAUUCUCACUGUGUUUUGUGCUCGCAGGGCCCUGAAUGCUCUGAACGGAUACAGUAAUGGACCAGCUGGCAAUCUUAUAAAUGUUCUUUUUGGAGACACAAAACCUUCUUCUCAGUCACAGCCAAGUAAGUCACGUUUUACAGAACUUAAGGUCAUCUAGCGUUCUAUGUAUUUAAUGUAAUAGGUGCUACAUUAAACCCAAGUAUGCAGUAUGAGUUUGACAUCUUUCUAUACCUUCCAAAUCAGCAGAAAUCGCACAAUACAUGAACUGAUUCUGGGUAUUUUUCUAUGUUUCACCAGAUGAAGUAGAAUUUUUUAACUCCCACCUGGAUGAUUCCCAGAAGGAAGCUGUAACCUUUGCUCUGUCUCAGAGAGAGCUAGCUGUGAUUCAUGGGCCACCAGGCACGGGCAAAACCACAACAGUGGUUGAAAUCAUCCUACAGGCAGUCAAACAAGGCCAAAAGGUUAAGGAAGUUGAUUUUUAAUACCUGUGUUAUCACACUGAUUGGUUAACUAACUUACUGUGUUGCAUUUGGAGUUGCAGUUCCUUUUGCAUCAUCUUAGUCUAAAUGGUAUUCUGCCUCUCCUCAGAUCCUGUGCUGUGCCCCCUCUAAUGUUGCUGUGGAUAAUUUAGUGGAGAGAUUGGCUCGAUGCAAAGCAAAGGUCCUGAGGCUGGGUCACCCUGCCAGGCUUCUGGAGUCCAUACAGAAACAUUCACUUGAUGCCAUCCUCGCUCAAAGUGACAACGCAAACAUCAUUGCUGAUAUUCGUAAAGACAUGGAUAAAGCUUUCGUGAGUAUUAAGAUGUGUGUUCUUUCUGUGGUUUGUGCUGUCUUGCGUGUUUUAUAACUUAUGUUUUCUUUAUCAAGAUGGGAAUGAAAAAGAUGAAGGAAAAAGGAGAUAGAGGAAACUACAAAAGGGAAAUAGGAGAGCUGAGAAAAGAACUGAAGACGAGGGAAGCAGCAGCCAUCACUCAGAUCCUAAAAAGUGCUGAUGUUGUUUUAUCAACCAACACAGGUCAGUAAUGUCCUCCAGUGAAGGAAAUGUGAUUGCGGUCGCUGAUGAUGAAAGGCAAUCAGAGAGCUCUUGUUUGUGUCUGCAGGAGCUUGUGGUGAUGGUCCUCUUAAGUUCCUGCCGGUGGAGCAUUUUGAUUGGGUGGUGAUAGACGAGUGUGCUCAAGCUCUGGAGAGCAGCUGCUGGAUCGCUCUACUCCGAGCACGCAAGUGUAUUCUGGCUGGAGACUACAAGCAGUUACCACCUACAAUCAAAUCACAGACGUAAAGAAUAGGAUUUCUCUGCAUGUUUUACUAAAGAAACUGUUUUUCCUUUUCAAACCUGAAACAUUUCUCCACAGUUUUAGAUAUUUUUGACUAACUUCUAAUUUUAAAACUAUAUUUCUCAUAUUUCUUUAUACUCCACAGUGCUGCAUCAAAAGGCUUGUCCCUCAGCCUCAUGGAGAGACUGAUCCAGAUGUUUGGGGACUCUGUGGUCCGUAUGCUAACAGUUCAGUAUCGCAUGAACAGUGCCAUCAUGGAGUGGGCCUCUAAAGAGAUGUACCAGGGAAGACUGUCAGCUCACAGCUCUGUAGCAGGACAUUUGUUAAAGUGAGUGAUAUGAAAAUGUCCUCACCUCUGUAUUUCGGCGUCAGAGGAUUCAUUCAAGUAAAUGUUUGUGUCUCUGAUGAAAAGAGAUCUGCCCGGAGUUGUUUCUGUUGAAGAGACCAGCACCCCGCUGCUUCUUAUCGACACCGCAGGCUGUGGUCUGAGUGAGAUGGAGGUCACAGAUGAGCAGUCCAAAGGCAACCAAGGUAGGUCACUUCAGUUGUCAUAAAGCAUAGUUUUAUUACUGUUGGUAUUUGUUGGGUUUAACAGCAUGUUUCUUUUAUUACAAGGUGAGGUGGACAUUGUUGAUCUACACAUAAAGGCCUUGACUGAAGCCGGGCUGAAAGCAAAAGACAUAGCUGUUAUUGCCCCGUACAACCUACAGGUAAGUCUGUGAUUGGAGGAAGGUUACACAUUUCUCAAAUGUAUUCUGAAUUUCUGAAAAUGAAAGAUGUAUAUUUUUCCAAUCAUUAACUAACAUCUUAAAAUAUGGAAUAUUAACUUGUAUAGAGUCAAUUAUAUGGCAAAAAUGAUCUCAGUGAAGCUCAUUUUGAAGUUUUUAUCUCUUAAAGGUUGAUCUUCUCCGUCAAAGACUAUCUGCAAGAUUUCCAGAGCUGGAGAUAAAGUCGGUGGAUGGAUUUCAGGGCAGAGAGAAAGAGGCUGUGGUAUUGUCUCUAGUUCGAUCCAACAGAAAAGGUAAUUUUGCUUAUUUGGUAUUUGUUAUGCCUCACCAUGUCAGUCAUAUUGGUGGGGAUUUUUGGCUUCUUACAGUUUUAAAAACAAAAUAAGCAAGAUAAGUUAUUUCAUAUCAACAUUUUGUUUCAGUGGCAGUAAUGCUGUCGUUUUGUUUUGUGUUAUAAAUCAUAAUCCUUUCCUAAAUGCUUUGGUCCCUCUCUGGAUGCUUAAACUCAUUCACAUAAAUUUAAACAGAUGGUUGACCAAAUGAGUGAAACGGCCUCUGGAUGGAGUAAAUGUUUAUGUGUUCAGUUUUCCAAAACCAUGUGAAGCUUGGAUGUGAGCAUGAUAUCAUGAUCACUACUACCUGGAAUAAUUUGAAUUGUAAUUCUGCUGUAUUAGAGCAUCUGUUAUAUACAUCUUUUGAGUUAUUGUUUUAUGUCACUAGGGGAAGUUGGAUUUCUGGCAGAGGACAGGAGGAUUAAUGUGGCUGUUACACGAGCAAGACGUCACAUCGCUGUGGUUUGCGACACCCAAACUGUCCAGAAUCAUCCUUUCCUGAAGUCCCUCAUAAGUCACAUGACCGAGUUUGGUGAGGUCAGAACAGCAUUUGAAUACAUCCAGGAUAUUGUACCACAGAAUCACACUCGAGACCCCAGAGACGCAAAGCCAAAUGUGACUUCCAGCAGCUCUGGGUCUACCAAACAGAAAGCCAAACAACCGCCUCCCAGUAAGGCAAAGCCAGAACAGAAGUCGUCAAGUGAUAAAGGAAGUGUUGGUACACAGAAGCGCACCAAGUCCUCCCUAACUGCACAGGAAGAGGAGGAGCAAAAACUGAACAGACGAGCUGAGAUCAGAGCACAGGUGGAAGACUUCCUCAAGAACUCAAACCAAAGUGAACUCCAGUUUCCAUCAUCAUUUAAUUCUCACGACCGCCUGCUGGUCCAUGAGAUCGCUGAGGAGCUGGGACUCAAACACGAGAGUAAAGGUGAGGGAAAAGACAGGUGUGUCACUGUCUCAAGGCCGGAGGAGCCAACGCAAGAAGCAGAAGAAGCCCAGGAAGAAGAAACACUCCAAAAUCCCCAAAGAGAGGGAACAAGUCAGCCUGCGUUAGAUCUGAAAAGUUUACAUUUAGAGAGAAUGAAAAGGGAGCAGCAGAAAAGGGAAGAAAGUGCUCAGCAGAAAAAGCUACAGAGCAACAUCUUACCAGCUCAGAGCCAGCCGUCAAAGAAGCCAAAGUCUGCUAAAGGUCUGUAGAAACAGCUGAUAUUUCCGUGUUUUCCUAACCUGCUUGCUCUGAUGUGCUACUACACCUUCAUCUGUACUCUCUCUCUUUUCCCUACUAGGAAAGAACCGAACGAAGGCAGGCGCCUCUGACAUCGCUGCUGCUGCUUCUCCAGAUGACGACUUUGACGCUCUCAUCAAUGCUGUCAAAAAGGCAGACAGUGUGUGCAGUUUUGUGAAGUGCAAAGCUUCUGUACUGACGCUUGGACAGCUUUGUCUAUUCUGCAACAGGCAGUUUUGUCUCAGUCAUCAUAUACCAGAGGUAAGACAGACACAAAACACUGUUAGACUCUGAUAGUUUUUAAUCAUGUUUCAUCACAAAUCACCGCCGGAAAGUGCUUUGUAUUUUUCUGCUCCGAUUGUCACAUUGAAAAUCAUUCACAGGUUCACGGCUGUGGAGAUAAAGCCAAGUCUCAUGCCCGAAUGAGAAUAAGCAAAGAGGGUGUUCUUUACGCCGGGAGCGGAAAAAAAGAUAAAUCGAUGGACCCGAAUAAAAAGGCCUACCUGCAAAGAAAACUGGACUCUAAACUGAAAGAUAUGGCAUCACAGAGGAGACCAAAAAACAAAGAUGAGAGUUAAUGACACCUGCUGUUAACUGCUGAGUUAUUUUCCAUAAAUAAACAAUGUUAGAAGCCGGAAA